AAAGUUAUUAUGGAAUUUUUUGCCCAAUGAUGCCAAAAAUAUACUGCCUACUGCAGCUUUAAUGGACAGUUAUAAACAUUUACUUAUUUAUUUAUUACUGUUUUUUUUUUAACCUUUAUUUCAGGGAAGUUUCAAUGAGAGGAAGCCUCUCUUUUCGGUGCAAGAGUACCUCAGUACAAGGCCACAGCCAGGGCUUAAAAAUUAGAGAGGUCCAGAAUUUUUAUAUAAGGGUUGUAAAAUUGAACGCGAUAAUGCGCUAGCACAAAUUCGUUUCAAAGCGACGUUUCUUUAACACAUUAAAGAUUGAACACAUUGUGAUUUUUAGAUUGUAGCAGGCUCAGUUUUGAAGCUAGAAACUAAGCUCCUCAAAGUUCUCCAUUUUCUCCGCCCAUCCUCGUCCACGUCGUUAGAAAAAUGUGGAUGUGCACGGACAGACGAAAACCUUCCACACGUAACCCCCGUGAAAGGGCUGCUUCUGAUGGUGUGACGUCACUUUGGCCGUGCAUAAAUCACGCUUAAGCCUGUUUAGAAGCCUGAACUUUUCAGCAGCUAUCAAGGUUACUCAGAAGUGAAUUGUUUUGAUCAGCAACAUAUGCAAAUCCCAAUUUAUAAAUUAUGGUCAUGUUGCAGAUUGCACCUUUAAAUUGCACUGAAAUAUUGUAAAAAAAAAAAAAAAAAGUGAAUAAAGUUUGGCGAGUGGCUCAGUUUUCGAGUCAAUGUUCACUUUGCUUCUCAUUUGAAAAAGACAAAUGUCAUCAAACACUUGAAGUUUCUACACACCUGAGUAUGUAACCGGCGUGUCGGAGGAGGCGCGGCUUGAAGCAAAAACGGGAAAACUUCCCGCAUUUGUAAAUAUACGAUACUUUGGUCAAACGAAGCGCGAAAGCGUUUCCUCACUUUCAUUUUAAAAAAAAAAAUAAUAGAAUAAAAAGAGACAAUAAUAGCCUCUUUUCUUUAUCAUUACUCAAUAGCCAAUAGCCAUCCUCGUUACAACACUGGCCGAACCCAAACUCCCAGUUAAAUACAGUAUGUCCUUAAGUCUGUUUUAACACUGCCCAAUUGUCUUAUGUCUUUUUGUAAUAUUAUAUUGCACCAAUAAAAAAAACACACACAUGGCGAACACACACAUUUGAAGUAUUCACUGGAAAAAAUAAAUAAAUAAUUCAAAACAAAAUCUACAAAACAAAUGCAAAUGACUUUGUUCUGCAGUUAAAAGUCACAUAAAAUAAAUAUUGAAAUAUGCAUGUUCAUAACUCUUUUUCACGUCUAUGCAAAAAGUGAAUAUCACACAAACUAUUGUUCUACUUUCAGCCGACAAUUUUCAGCAGCUUGGUGCUCAUUCCUACGACGUCGGAGGCCACAGCUGAGGGGUUUAACACGGAUGACGUCCUGCGGCAGCCUGUGACAACGUCAUCGGACAGCAAAUGCCAAGAACUUUAUAGCAAACAUGACCACACUGUUAUCUACAGUAAGAAUUGAGCGUCAUUGUGUCAGAUUUGCAUCAGGGACUGGUUACCGCUUCAACAAAACACCACCUGGCAUUUAUCAAGUGGGUUUUUUUGCGGAUGGCAACACACAUUGGAACGAUUCAAAGAGCAGCAGAGGUCAGACUGUCGCUGUAAACCUGCUUCCAAAAUUUCCAAGCAAACAAACGGUUGAUGUAAUGCUGAGUUGUGGGCAAGCAAGCAGCGAGACAUUCAGGUGACUCACAACUCUAUUAAUGUGCUGAGCUGUAGCAGAUAACAUUACCCUCAGGUAACCACAUCAAACAGCUUCAAAUGGGCGUGGCAUGAUGUUUCACACAAACAAUGUUAUCUAUCAAGACUUAAUAAGGAGGAUAUUUGUUGAGGUAUCUCAGUCCGGACCAAAGUGGUGGACCAUCUGACGUUAUAGUAGAUUUCCCUCCCAAACCUUCUACUAAGGUGAUGAUUGGAACUCAGUCGUUAGUUAAUAUACUUUACGUGUAUUCAAAAACGUAAACUUAAUAUACUUUAAAUUUAAAAUAUUAAUUCCAAGUAUCUUUUUGUUCCAGAGAAAGAUGCAUCCCUCCCUGCUGCUCGGCUGCUUGGUCCUCGCUGCUGACUACUUCCUGGCCUCUGCCUACAUGAUCCCCGACGACCGACUCUUCACCAAUAGGGUCGUUGUAUCUAACGCGCUGCCUUACAGCCCUCCUCCUGUUCUCAUUGUAGAGUUGCCGAAAGUGAAGAAGAACAAGAAAGGAAAGAAACAAAGAAAGAACAAAUUCGGUGUGAAGAAGCGCCCUCCUCCUCCUGCUGACUGCAUUCCCUUGUGGGGAAGCUGUAAAUCUCCAACCAAUGUGUGCUGUGAUUUCUGUGCUUUCUGCCAGUGCCGGCUCUUCAGAACAGUCUGUAUCUGUCGAAUGGGCAACCCUCGCUGCUGAACAGAACCGACCCAACUCCGAGCUAACAGAAUAAAAAAUUCAUGCUAAGCAAUUGACUUGAAGUGAACACCGUGAGAGGUGAAUCGCUUAUAGUCCUUGGUUUGUAACUUUGCCUAAAACAUUCUCUGCAUGAAAGCACUUUAUUACAGAGGACUGCCCCACAGUGAACUCCCCUUUAUCUUACAGAGUGUAGGCCUACUAUUUAUAGGACUGCUCACAAAUUAAAGUUUUUAUUGUACUUUGAGCUUUUAGCAUGCAUAAACUGGAUAUGUUUGCUAAAACAAUUUUAUAUAUUGCUUUAUUUUUACACAGAAAUACAUGAAUGCGCAGUAGCAAAUAUUUUAUAAAGCCUUAUAAAGAAUAAAGUCCAUGUACUAUAUUUUA